AUGGUAGCUUUGAAAAAGAUUCAGGUUUUCGAAAUGGUGGAUCAGAAGGCACGACAGGAUUGCUUGAAGGAGAUAGACCUCCUUAAACAGUUGAACCAUGUAAAUGUCAUCAGGUACUAUGCAAGCUUCAUCGACAACAAUCAACUCAACAUUGUUUUGGAGCUGGCAGAAGCGGGAGAUAUGAGUAGGAUGAUUAAGCAUUUUAAAAAGCAUGGUAGAUUGAUACCUGAACGAACAAUAUGGAAGUACUUCGUUCAACUAGCUCGGGCAAUUGCUCACAUGCAUUCGAAGCGGAUUAUGCACAGAGAUAUUAAGCCAGCCAACGUGUUCAUCACCUCUGAAGGAGUAUCUCCUGAGCGAAUUCAAGAGUCAGGAUACAAUUUUAAGUCAGAUCUGUGGUCAACGGGUUGUCUAUUAUAUGAAAUGGCUGCUCUGCAGUCUCCCUUCUAUGGUGACAAAAUGAAUUUUGACCAGCUAGAAAUUAACCUAAAUCCAACAAAACUCCGUGAUCUCGUAUCCCAUUGCAUCUCAUCCGAUCCGUCGCAACGUCCUGAAACGUCCGAAGUAUUGGAGAUUGCUGAAAAAAUGAACUGUUACUUCCAGCAGUUGCCUACGCAAACGGCUGCGAGCAAAUAA